AAAUAUGCCAACGCGUGCUCACUUCUAUAUCCUGCAGACUGCGAAAAGUAUUAAGUAUUUUUAAUUCCAUCAACGUCUCACUUGCAACGUGAAAAUGUCAUUUUACCCCAUUUUCUGCAUAACCUUACUAUUUUUCUCCGCCGUGGAACCCGCCUACUUGGGCGAGCCGUGCCAUCCCCUCGUUCCCGACUUGCACUGCGUCACCGGGGGUAACAUGCACUGCGCCCUUCAACAGGAUGGAUUCUCAUAUCGCUGUGAAUGCAAUUACCACCACAAUUCAAACUUGGCGGGGACCUACUGCCACGGGACUUAUGGGGCAGGUUGCGUCGAAUUUAAAGCCUUGGACUGUAACGCACACCGCCGAAUGUCCUGCUUUCUCGAGCCCGUCUUCAUCGGAACGUGUUACUGCUCAAAUCCAUCGACCCUCAUGUACCGGGAAGACAUCGACUCCUGCGUCGCCCGGGCGGGAAGGUCAUGCCACAUGAACGCCACGACCCCAUUUGGACUCAGCUGCGUGCCCAAUUCCGACUGCGACGACGCCGCCGGGACUGAAGUCCCAAACUGUAAAUGCCGUCCCGGCUACGAUCCCGACGUGGAGGGAAGAUGCGUCAGAAGUGGCGGGCUCCACGGGGCACAAUGCGACAAUAGUGACACCUGCGACUAUGACGUCCACCAUCUCAUCUGUCUUGAAGGAACCUGUCAAUGUGGGAGUGGCUAUGUGCCAAAUUCCUUUGGUAAAUGUGUCCGUGUCUAUGGCGCUAAAUGUUCGGAAGUCGACCCCUGCGAUACGGCGAAUUAUAUCGGAUGCUCCAGCACUUCCGGACAUCCCGGUGUUUGCACGUGUGAGGAAGUCGAGCAUCAAAUUUAUGAAGAAUCUAUCCGCGCGUGUCGCACAAAAGCGCGGAAAUAUUACGGUGGCGCGCCCUGUGUUGCGAACGCGGCGAGACAAUCCAUCAAUGGAACGUGCGAAUGCGAUCCAGGAUUUAUUGCGACGCACGAGGGGCGAUGCAGACCGGUCGAAUUUCCUGAACUUGGCGAUCCUUGUGAAGCUGAUGGUCCCACGUGUAUUGCGGACACAUGGUCUGAAUGCACAGCUGAUGCAAAUAAUGCGACCAGCUGUCAAUGUCCGCCUGACCGUAGUUCAGACCAACCCGGACAUCGCUGUUAUUUGCGGUACGGACAGCGCUGCGUGGAUGUGGCAGGACGGUAUUGCAAUACGGAUCGCCAACUCGAGUGCGAUCUCUUCGUCAACCUUUGUCGGUGUUUUAACCAGUUUAAUACCAUUUAUGAUGCUGGGAGGGAUGCGUGUUUUGUUCUGACGGGGGGAAAGUGUACCAAUGGCGAUACAGAGUUUGACCAGAGGUGCGUGGACAAUGCGUCCUGUCAGGGAAGUAAUGGAUGUCGGUGUGAUGCUGGAUUUGUAGAAACGGAGGACCGAAGAUGCACACCUGCUUCAACAAGCCUUCCAGAUUAUGAUUCUUUCCAUUAGAUAUAUUUCUGUAAACAGUAGUGUAAAUUUACAAAAAUAUGUACACGGUGUAUCAAUCUGUUUAUUUACUAAAAUUUGUGCAAUACCAGAGUAUUAUAAUGUUCUUGUUGUAACCAAUUUUUACAUUUCCAACUAAACUGAAAUAAACAACAC